AUGUUCGAGGCUCAAUCACUCCAAGCCCAAUACAAUCUUGACAAGACCAUGCUGUGUAUUGUUCACCACAUUACACGCAAUACACUAGAUGAAGCUUUGUUGGUAAACCACCCAAGCAUCAAAUACAUCCCUGAUGGACUGAUCCAUCCAUUCUUUUUCAGACACGAAGGACCGAUGGCGCGUGAACCAAAUAAGUACACCAACUACCUAUCAUAUAGCUUAACCAGCACUCAAGCCAAAAUGCCGCCCAAAGGCGUAGCCACCGGCUUCAAAGCACGCAAUAAACUUGUAGGCAACACAUGGACUGCUUACUCACAAGACGAACGAGAUGUGUUCCACCCAAAGAUUUUUGAACGUCUGUGUCAACAAAUCAUGGAAACACCAGAGCCCUCCACUCAAACUUUGGAAGCAGCCAAUAUCAAUACACUCGAUGCUGAGGAAGCAACUCCAAUAGACACCCAGGAAGACAAACCACUCAGCAAUGAACAAAUCAAUAAAUACAUGCCCCACUUUCAAAGACUUGUCAACGUUCAAACGGUGUCAUGGGACUUUAAACACGGUGUUCUCUGCCGACAUAGCGGGAAAAUACAACAUCUUCAACAGGUUGCCAAAGCGGAGUUGAAAAAAGUUCUCAAACAGUUAUUCAAAAUUCACGAUAAAUUUGGCUUCCAUUUCCACCUAUUGAUGUCUGCAUGGAAGCCGGAAUCCAAAGCUACUCAUGCUUUAUAUCAAGACGAAGAAUCAUCUUGUGCAGCAUGGCUCGAUUUUGCCCGCACGGAGCUUCACUUACUUGAAAGGUUUGCGGUUGAAUCAACUCAAGCACCACCUCCCAGACCCAACACAAAGAAGGGCCGUAAACAGCCAGUCUCACUAAUUGUUCAAGCCGCAAAGCGAAAAGAGCUCAUAUCACUACUAAAUGGACUCGUUGGUAUGGACUUGCCUGGUUUCCUAUCCAGAUGGUGUCCACUUUUACUAAUCUUACCUUACCAUCCAUUGUAG